CCUUGCACUAUAAAAACCGGACAUAAACUAGCCUCCUGUGGUCCAACUUGGACAACUAAUUCCCAAACAACUAUAUAAUGCCGCCUCUCCCUCAGUCUACGUUCCCGCAAAGUAUCAACAGCCCGGAUUCUAGGAAGAAUUGGGAUAUUUAAACCGCAAAGAAAAAUAAAUAGAUUUCAGUAGCGGGACAAAUCCCGCUUUGAAUCAACGGUGUUCAGGCCAAAAAUGAACAACUAGUUACCUGGCUAACUAUGUGCCUACUGUACAAAGUUGCCGCAACAUGGCAGGGACAGCGUGCAUAAGCUAUGCUACACAUAGUACGGGCACACGGACUAGCACUUGGAGUAUGAAAUGUAGACGUGAAUCCCCGGUAAGUAAAAAGCUAACUGCCAGGGUUAAUAUUGCUUUGUACUCGGUGAUUAUCUUCUGGUUAGUGUGCGAGGAAUGACCAUUCGUGCACUGUUAAGAUGAUUAAGAAUAGUCAAGGAGGGUGUGAAAAUAUCAUGACAGUUUCAUUUUGUGCUGCGAGUAAACCGACGAUUCCGAUUGAUGUUUGAUUAAGGGAUGGGGGAUAUAUACUUCCAUCUGGAGGGUUGUAUUAGCCCGGUGGCUUAACGGGUGACUUGACUUUGAUGUGUGGAGGUUCAGAGGGAAGAAGGUUUCUUUAUAUUUGUAUGGAUAUUUAGGUAUUUUCGGAAUGCGAGGUACCCUCGGAGGAGG